GGUUCCCAUGUUGAAAUGUCGUCUGUCUCUUAAAACUGAUUGGAAUUCCGUGUUUAUUGGAGGAGAAAUUAAGGUAUGGAUAUAAUGGAGGACGACCUUGAGCUGCAUGUAGAAGAUGGGGAUGAGAUGGACGGUGGUGUUGGUCUUUUGCCUUCAUCGUCCAGCAGUCAGAUGGAGAUGGAUCAGAUAUCAGAUCAGAUAUCAGAUGUCAGACAUGUUGGAGGAGUACACUCUGGGACAGAUGAUGGCAGUAUGAAUCAACCUUGUAUUGUGGUGAUGCCAGUUGAAAGUGUAGAAGCUGACCAUGGUCAUUGUUUAGCCAAGGGUUUUCAUCUCAGCGCCCCUACUGAUAUUCCAGUAUCAGGAAGCUCCCAUGUGAUGGGGAUAACUUGUGUGCAACGAACUAAAGAGUCAGAGCCUUAUGAUCCUGUAACUCAGUCAUGGUUCACCACCAAGUACUCCAAAGACUCUCUGUCAGAACGAGGUCAUAAAUGGAAGCAAGGAAUGUGGUCAAGCGAUGAAGUUGAACUCCUUGAAAGGAACAUUGAGGAAUAUGUCAGAGACCAUAAACUAGGUGAUGCCAGUGAGGUAAUCUUCAAUAAUAGCAAGGACAACAGGAAGAACUUCUAUCGGAACGUAUCCCAAGGGUUGCAGAGACCCCUUUUUGCCGUUUACCGGCGUGUCAUCCGGAUGUACGAUCAGAAGAAUCAUGUGGGAAGGUAUACUCCAGAAGAUAUCAUGAAGCUAAAAGAGCUAAGAGCUAAGCAUGGCAAUGACUGGUCCUUCAUUGGAGCUGAGAUGGGUCGCAGUGCUUCAUCAGUCAAAGAUAAAUUCAGACUUCUCAAAGAUUCUUGCAACAGAGGUAAGUGGACAGCUGAUGAAGAGAGACUCUUGACCGAUGCAGUCUUCUCCCUGUCCGGAGCCCAGCCCGGUGAGAGUGUGACCACAGGUAUCUCAUGGUCUCAGGUAGCGGAUAAGGUCGCUACGAGGACAGAGAAGCAAUGCAGGGCCAAGUGGCUCAACUACCUCAACUGGAAACAGACGGGUGGUUCAGAAUGGAGCAGGACAGAUGAGCUCACUUUGAUCAAUAGGAUUGCUGACACAGAAGUGGAACUAGAGAGUGACAUAGAUUGGGAGGAUAUUGCUAAGAACUGGAAGAGUGUGAGAUCACCCCAGUGGCUGAGAUCCAAAUGGUGGAGUCUCAAGAGGCAAGUCAGUGGAUCAGAUAUGAAAACAUUACUAGAACACCUUAGAAUGCUUCAUGAUAGACGCAGACUCCAAGAAGAGAGACGGAUAGUGCCUACAACUUCUCUAGACCCUCAGCAUAACCAAACCAAGAAUGGAACUCUCACUUUACAAGUACCAAUUCAACUCGGCUCCUCUUCAGGUGUCAACAUGGAUGAUGGCUCAGGACUUCAAUCGUUGAUAAUUCCUCAGUCGGCCCUGGCUCAUCUACCAGCUACAAGCUCCCUGUUCAUGAGUGAGGGAAUGACCACUGUACACUCUGAUAAUCAUAUCAUUAUUCAAGUCACUAGCUUACAGGGGAGUGAAGGAGAGAUUGUAGGAACAGACGGAAAUACAAGGCAGAUAAUCAUCACAGCACGACAGCCUAGACAAACAGUGCCCUCACUAGGUCAGGAUGAGACAGACAUGUGUGCCGAGAUACACCAAUCAGGUACAGAGCUUUCCACAGAUGAUGUAUCAGCUAUAGUACACCAAGGUGAUGAUUUACAUACCAAUCAUGAUCACAUGACUAUAAGCAUUGGCCAAUCACAAGUGAAUGUUGGAGAGGAACAUCAAAUCAGCAAUGAGGCUCAGCUGAUAGGUACUGAUGCAGUAUUACCUCAGCAGGCUGUACACACUGCUGAUCUAGUGGGAGUAGCAGAGAAUGAAACCACUCUGGUCGUUGUCAAUCAAGUGCCCUCUACCGAUGAGCUUAGCCAACCUACGACAGGGACUGUAGAAGAUGCCCAUCUCGGCGGUGGUGUCUUUACUUUGGCAGGUAGGUAACCUACAUGUACAAGAUACCAUUCAUUGGAGCAUUCCCAAUG